AUGGACUGGAGACCAUCGGAAACCAUUCGCUGUCAAGUCUUGACGUUGUUGGCCGUUCUCAAAGAGUUGGGCUCAGAGGGAAUCGUUAAUGAAGCGACGAAGACGUUGUACCGUCGCAUUAACUAUGAAGUUGAGACGGUAUUGAACUCGGAAAUUUACGACACGAUUAUCAAUAAUAUGCUGACGUCGAAAAAUAUUGGCUAUUCGAUGAACGCCAUUCAAUGGAUGCACACCAUCGUUUUUCAUCCUUUUAAGAAAUCGGCAAAAUGCGAGGAGAAGCUCGUCAGAUUGUAUUGCGCUGUCGUCGAUAGAUUAGACGCUCAGUUUUCAAAUGUGGAUCUUGACAAUCUCUUGAAAUGCGAUUACGAUUUUUUCUCGAAUUGCGUCAUUUUUUUGACGCGAUUCUUGCGCAAAUAUGGAAGAUUUGUUGAGAACGCGGAUGUUUCGAAAGAGGUGGCCGAAUCGCAUCAGAAGGCUCUUCGAAUUUUGGUGAGAACGUUGAAAAUCGAAAACGACUUGUUGUUUCUGACGAGCAUCGAGUUUUGGCUGCGCCGUAUCAUUAAGAUGUGCUGGAUGGGACGAAAAUCAUCGUGGCAUCAAACACUUGGCCACCUGUGGAAGAUCUAUGAGAGUCACUUCACGGAAAUUUUGGAAUAUAUUUAUGAUAGCAUCAAGCCUGGCGAAGAAAGAAAUGAAUUGAAGUUUAAAGGGGUGUUCGGACAAUUCAAGAUGUUCGUUAUCACCGUCAUGCAAUUUUUGCCAUAUUUGGAAGAAUUAAUUAUCGAGAUUGCGCAAAUGCGAAACGACAAUGAUGAAACUACCUCGUCUACGGGCACGCCGAUUAACAAUGCGAAUGAGGAUCACGAGAAGCGAGUUGAGACGGAGAAGAACGACGAAGCACCGCCACCAGCACCAGCAGAAGAAGCAGCAGGGGACGAAGAAAACGCCACACGCGCCAUCGGGACCACAAAACGUUUAUCGAGUACUGAGAGAAAUGGAGCAGCGAAGCGAAUGAAAAUGGAGCCGGCGGAUGAUGAGCCGCAGAUUGACACCGUCGAAUCAGAUCAGCCGGAAACCGAAGAUAUGGAAGUGCGCUCUUUGGAUAAUGGAACUACAUUCGUAUUUGGGGCCGACAGAACGCUGAAAACGAUUCGAGUUGUGAACAUGGAGAAACGAAACCCGACUGAAGAUGAUGAGACCACCAGUACCAAAGAAGAAAAAAAGAAAACCAGAGGCAAAAAGAUUGAACACGAGGUCCCAUUCGCUUUGAACGAAGAUUGCCAAAUCAUCAAUUUUGUCGUCAAACAAUACUUGGAGUAUUCGAAAUCGCAAGCCAAUCAUAAUGAAUUCAAUCCGUUCGAAAUAUCGUUUUGGAAAUGUUAUUCGGUGUUGGGGGUGCCGAGAAGAGGCGAAGCGCAGUUUAUAAAUCGUUUGAAAUUCAUCUUAAACGACCUCAAAGCCUAUAAACUUUCCGGUCAAAAAUUGGAGAUUCUCCAAAAAAUUAUGGACUAA